AUACCGCUAUGCUACACUAUUAUGCUCCGUGAUAAUAAUUGGUCGAGGUGGCAGUAGAACCCACGACGCCGUUUAGUCAAAUAUUUCGAUAUAUCUCACGAAGUACUGUUCGCUGGUUUAGAAAAAUAAAUUAAAAAAAAAUAAAAGCAAAGAAUUAUUAAACCAAUAAUUUAUUGUAACAUUGAAGCAUUUACAAAGGAUACGAGAGACGCUUAGCCAUUUUGAGGUUAGGCAAGACUAUUCUGUUCUUAUAAAAUAUCAAAAAGUAUAUCAUGUCAGGGCCAAAUUCAAUUCGAGUUGCAGUUAUAUGUUCAAGCAAUAUGAACAGAAGCAUGGAGGCUCAUGCUUUUCUAAGUAAAAAGGGUUUCAAUGUCAAGUCUUUUGGUACAGGAGAUAAAGUAAAAUUACCUGGAAAUGCACCAGACCGUCCAAAUGUUUAUGAUUUUGGAAUGUCCUAUGAUGAGAUUUAUAACGAUCUCUUAACGAAGGACAAACAAUACUACACACAAAAUGGUUUGCUCCAUAUGCUAGAUCGAAACCGUCGUAUAAAGCCAAAACCUGAGCGGUUUCAAUUAUCGAAAGAUAAAUUUGACAUUCUUAUUACAUGUGAAGAACGUGUGUAUGACCAGGUAAUAGAAUGUAUGGAAUCUAGAACUCCAGAAGAUAAUCAACCAGUUCAUCUGAUCAACAUAGACAUUCAGGAUAAUCAUGAAGAGGCAACCGUUGGGUCAUUUCUAAUUUGUGAAUUGGUUACUGUGUUGGCGAAUAGUGACGAUUUGGACAACGAUAUAGAUGAACUGCUCCAUGAAUUUGAAUCGAAAUUUGCGCGAACGAUACUCCACACGGUAGUAUUUUACUAAAAAAUGAAACUUCGAUAUCCAGGACCUGGCGUCAUGGAGCUUGAGUUAGCUUACUACUAAAUUAUGUAUAUUUAAAUUUAAUUCGGUGCGACAUUUGACAAAAUGAAUUAUGUUGGCCGAAAGUGACUACAAGCGGAUCUACAAUUUUGGUUCAAUGAAGUGUAUCAUUAACAGCAAGACGUAGCGAAAAUGUUAACGGGAUUACAUGUAUCGCAAAAAGGUAAAGGACAAUAUACAAAACAAUGUAGAAUGUAAAAUAGUUUAAUCUGAAUACGGAUAACGCAUUUACAAUAUACGAGAACAAGGUGCUCCCUAAGAUUGCAUAGACCUUAUGAACGUGAAGUGUAAACAAAGAAAGUAAUCUUGAGAUAUUAUCAAGAAAGAAAAAUAGUGUGACAAAAUAGUGAAAUUAAAAAUUAUGUUAUGAACCAACAAAUUCUAUAAUAAUAGCAAUUGAAAAAUGAGAAUUUAUAUUUCAGUGCAUGAUGUACGCUACAAGACGUAUUAAAAAAACCAUUUCUUAUUUUUCAAAAUCAGUGCUGAUCUAAAUAGGCGUACAAUCUUCUGGUCUUUUCCCGCUUUUUCUUAUUCGAGUGUUUAUUUAUCUUCUUCCACGGUUUCUCCUCAAAAAAGACACUUUGAGUGGAUUCCGUAACAGAUCCCGCUUCGCUGAAACAUGUAAUAUUUAAUUGUAUUUAUGUGACCAAAUGAAUUUUUAUAUCCAUGUGGAUCCACGCGGUCGUGCCUCAUUUUAUGUGCCCAUUAAAUAUUUUAUGAAACGUGCACGCAUCCUAUCUCAAUAAUUUCUUUUUUACACUAAUACUAAAAACCUCAUGUAAGUAUAGAAAACUCAUGCACAAAAACAGUUGCAUGUGAACAAUGUGUCGAGAGCAAAUGUUAAUAAUAUAUAAACAUAACUUGAUGAAAUCACAGACGAUUCUAAAUAAAGGCAUCUUCAA